CCGCCAUCACUAUAUAUUCUCUCACAAACCCCGUAACGCCAAAAACAGAGCGAGAGAGUGUGAGAAGAGAAGAGAAGAAAAUUAUUUAACUAAAUCCCUUCUCUUCUCCCCUUUCUCCGGCCAAAAUGUCGACGUUACCUAAAACCUCCGACGUAGACAACGAGGACAUGCAGGAGAUCGCUUUCGCAAACAACGCACGCUUCUGCUCUUGGAUUCCAUGUUUCUCAUCCGAAACAUCGCCGUCGUGGUGGGAGCCGGUGCAGUCUCCGGUGAAGUCGCCGGAGAAUAAAGCGAAGUGGUGGUUCCGUGGAUGGAUGAAGGUUCGUGAAUGGUCGGAGGUUAUUGCCGGUCCGAAAUGGAAAACGUUUAUUCGUCGAUUCAAUAAAAACCGCAACGUUUAUGUUAAACAAGGUUCGUUAAAUUACGAUCCGUUAAGUUACGCUCUGAAUUUCGAUGACGGAAAUGUUGGAGAUGACGGUAUAAGUUACGGUUACGGCGGUUUUUCUGCGCGGUUUGCUUCUGUUCCGGCGUCGGCCAAAUCUUCUAUGGAUAUCGGGAAAGACGCGCCGUCGGUUGCGUGAGUGUCACGUGCCGCGAGUUUAAGAAGCGAAAAAUGGAGCGGCUAUCGUAACUGAGUUUUAGAGAUCGGUCGUACGCCGAUUAGACUAACGUGCGCUGGGAGCGAAAUGGCGAUAAUUUGUUGAACGCGGGUGUUUGGGAAUUGUGAAUUGAAGCGUUUUUUGUGCGUGGAAUUGAAACCUUUGUUUCCACCGCAUUAUUAUUAGUUAUUGGAAUUAGAUUUUUGUGUUUUUGUUUUUUAUUCAUUUGAUGUUGUACAUUGAGAAAAAUAAUAGUAUGUAUUAUCCUUUUUAGCGGUC